AUGUCGUAUCCUCUAGUUGGUGAAAUAAUGGCUUGUGGACUCGCACUGAAAAGACCUCUGCAACACGAAUAUGAGUCUUUUUUAACCGAUGAAUCAUACAAUGGGGAAGCUAAGCGAGCAAGAACCCAGUGCCCUCCGUUUCGUGCUCAAAUGGGAACAAUCGCCGCUACACUGCCAUCUACCAGUACAUUUGCUCAGAAGUUUAAAGAACAGGAGGAGAGCGUUUUUCAAGCAGCCACAAUCAUGACUCGCUUAUCCAGAAAUCAGCUGAAAACCUACCUUUGUUCGGAAGUAAAAAAUCUUCGUAAACGGAAGGCACUUCCUCGCGGCAAUGAUUGUGAUGAUGAUGGAGAACAGAGAGGAGAUGGAUGUUCUUCUAGUUAUUCUAAAGCAUACAGAGCUCCUUGCUCCCCCAAGUCAGAGUCCGAUUCCGAAGGCGAAGCACCAUCUACGUCUGUCACCGAGCGCACCAGCAACAAACGCGAGUUCACAAUGGCCAACGUUCAAAUGAUCUGCGAGCGUUUACUCAAAGAGCAGGAGAUCCGUCUUCGAAACGAAUUCGAGGUUGUCUUGACCAAGAAACUUGAUGAACAACAUCAACAAUAUGUUCAGUUUGCGGCCGAGCAAUUGAAUUCAAAGUGUGUCAGCACCGGAGAUGACUACUCGUAUUCCUACCUUUCUUAA